CUAUACUCACUUCAUAGUUCAUACUAUACUGUUAUUGUCAAGUUGAUGUUUUUUUUUUUAUUUUACUAAGGCCGUCUGUAUUUUAAAGAAGGCAUCAAAAUUCCGUUUAGUACUGUGCCUAUCCUUCACUUCACUGUUUGUUUCUUAGUGAAAAAAUGAUUUGGGAAAUUACAUUUUUGUUGGCGUGUUUUAACGUUUUAAUAACAUCACAAAGUGGUGGCCCAGUUUUUCCAGGAGAGAGUUCACGUUCCGGCGAAAUUCCAAAGGAAUACUUGGAACCAUUGUAUCACAAGGAUGUUGUUGGGCCGUUAAGUGAAAUACCGACGUUAGACAUGUCGGAGGUUGCCUUUAACGACAAGGACUAUCACUUUCUUACGACCGAAUGCAAGGUUGACGAAGACUGUUUGAACAAUAAAAAAGCAUCCGUCGAAAAGUAUCACCAAAGAAUGCAAGCGAUCCAGUGUGUUAAUGGGUUGUAUGUUUUGAAUGUUUUGGAUGAACUAAAAUCAAUCAUGGUCGGUCUGAAAAAUAACAGCACUUCAAUUUCUUCACUUCAAGAGACAGUCGAGGAAUAUAAAUUUUAUAUGUCCAGCAUUCUAACACUUUUACACAUUGCAAAAUCGGACCCAUACGCAUGGCAAAUCGAGAUGUUUACUUUUUUGUCGGGACUCGCAGAUUCGGACGUUAACAUUAAAUCAUACGUGGAUCAUUUCGAAAGUCUCAGCGUAUCCAUGCGAAAUACCAUAUUAGUGUUCGUUAACCGAUGUGUCCAGCACAGCUAUUUAAUGUCGCUGGACAACAGAACAGCAGAGAAGCCGGUAUUCCGAUUUAUUGAAUCUGUGUACAAAGAUUUUGAAGUGAUAGCCAUCCCCAGACUAUUAUAUACAGUACCGAAUCUCAUGUUACAGUAUCUGUAUCCGGAGGACGAUUUCAUAUUUGAUUGGUCGGAGUUCGAAAUCAAACUUGAUACGAGUAAUGUCAAUCGUGAGAUGAGGACACAACUCGGGUUUUACUGUCCGCAGAAUUUGGUUCAUGAAUGGCAAUUGGAUCCGAUCGGCGGUAAUAAGUACAAUGUGCUGAUUGCUAAAUACAUCCACUUAAGGCUUGAGUACGUAGCAUGGUUCCACUUAUACUUAUACCGCACCUUACUGGACCGAGAGCUUGACGGACCCCUACAAAACCCUUUCUUAAAAAAAACAUUGAUCAAAUUAUGGAUAACACUCGCCCCUUAUCUUAAAUGUGUCUUGAGAUAUGUUGGGUUUAACGAAAACAUCUACUGGUCUGCAAUGAAUAUUAUGAUGGUCGACUUUAAGAAGAUUAGCAAAGAGGAACUCGCGGCACGGGAAAAGUAUACGAGAAAUUAUUUUUGUCAAUCUGUAGAGGAUUUAGGGCUCGCUAGUGCAUCCGACAUUAAUCAGCAAUUGAAGAAAGUAUCAAUUCCAAAAGAUUACCGUUUAAUGUACAUUAGAAUCGUAACUAAUGUCUCAAGGACAGACCAAUACUGUUCUGAUAUAAUAACUGCAUCACAACCAAGUAGAGGCGAAUAUCGUCCAUUAAAAUUCAACACAUUAUAUUUCAAAGAAAGAUAUAUUCGUAUAUUAUUAAACGCUGAAGGAAAUGAAAACUUUGUGAUGCGUGAGAAAAUUUGAAAAUGAAAAAUAAAUAUUAAUUCAAAUAAAUAUAAAAUUUAUAAUUUUCUUAUGCGCUUGACACUCAUGUAUU